AUGCCUUCGCAUCGCCUGCGAAUAGAUGGUUCCGCCUUCCGAGACGUCAACAACCGCCAAGUGACCUUACACGGCAUCAACGUCGCAGGCGACGGUAAAUUCCCGGCGAAGCCAGACGUACCUUCUCACGUCCGCGAGCACUUCUUCGACGGCGACAAUGUUUCCUUCGUCGACCGACCGUUUCCCCUGGAGGACGCCCAUGUCCACUUCUCGCGGCUUCGAAGAUGGGGCUACAAUACAAUCAGAUAUGUCUUCACAUGGGAGGCGUUGGAACAUGCCGGUCCCGGGAAAUACGAUGAUGAGUUUGUGGACUUUACAAUCAAAAUGCUACGGGUAGCGAAAAGAUAUGGCUUUUAUGUUUUCAUGGACCCGCAUCAGGACGUGUGGAGCAGAUUCACGGGAGGUAGCGGAGCACCGAUGUGGACGAUAUACGCCUGUGGGAUCGAUCCGACGAAGCUCUUACCGACACAGGCCAGUCUGGUGCAGAAUACUUGGCCCAAGCCAGCAGAGUAUCCCAAGAUGGUCUGGGCGACGAACUACCAGAGAUUGGCUGUGCAAACGAUCUUCACAUUCUUCUUCGCUGGACGAGAGUUUGCACCUAAAUGCAUAAUUGAUGGCAUGAAUAUUCAAGACUAUCUGCAAGAGCACUUUACAAACGCAUGCAAGUACUUGGCGCAAAAGAUCCAUGAUGCUGGCGACCUCGAGGGAGAGAUAGUCAUUGGGUAUGAGACGAUGAACGAGCCGAACAAAGGGUAUUACGGUCACCCGGAUCUAGCAGCCAUUCCGAAGGAACAGAAUCUGAGAAAAGGGACCUGUCCAACUGGGUUCCAAGCAAUGCUUACUGGGUCUGGCCGAGCGGUGGAAAUCGAGGUGUGGGACUUCGGGAGUUUUGGCCCCUACAAGGCGUCGACACAACUAGUUGAUCCAAAGGGCACCUCAGUCUGGGUAGACCCAUCAGCAUGGGACGACUCGAAAUAUGGAUGGAAACGAGAUCCAGAAUGGAAACUGGGAAAAUGCAUAUGGGCCCAGCACGGUCUUUGGGACCCCUCCAACGACGAGCUACUAUUGCCGAAAUACUUUGCGAAAGACCCAAGGACCGGCGAACGGAUUGACCAAGAGACCUGGACGAACGACAACUAUAUGGAAUUCUAUAGGCGAUAUAAAGGCGCGAUCCGUAGUGUCUGGCCAGAAGCAUUCAUGCUCAUGCAACCGGCGCCAUUCGAGAUUCCGCCCAUGAUCAAAGGUACAGAAGAAGGCGAUGACAAGAACAUGAUAUUUGCAUCGCACUUCUACGAUGGUAUUACACUCAUUACGAAGAAGUGGAACAAAGUGUGGAACAUCGAUGUGCUCGGCGUGUUGAGGGGCAAGUAUAGCUCGCCCGCUUUUGCAAUCAGAAUUGGCGAGACAGCGAUAAGAAACUGCUUCAAAGAUCAGCUUGAUACUGUGCGACAGGAAGGUAUCGACAAUAUGGGUGUGCAUCCGUGUCUCUACACUGAGAUUGGGAUCCCGUACGACAUGGACGACAAAUACGCCUACAAGACUGGCGAUUACAGCUCUCAGUCUGCGGCGAUCGAUGCAAAUUUCUAUGCUGUAGAGGGCUCCGGCGCUCAAGGUAUGACCUGGUGGGUCUACACGGCAUCCAAUAGCCAUUUCUGGGGCGACAACUGGAAUGGUGAAGAUCUGUCGCUUUACAGCUCCGAGGAUAAGCCACUCCCACCGCCUUCGUACGCCAUGGACAAUAACAGCAGGCUGUCUCUCGAUCCGUCGAGUCCCAGCUACUCUGAGAGCCAAAGCGAAAGCAACGCUCCCAUCACUCCUGGCAGUAUCAAGAAGACGAUGAGCGUAGAUGGCAUGUCUCGGUCCGUUCCUGGGUUAUCACAAGACGGUAAGCUCGGGUAUCGGGCGGCAGAGGCCUACGUGCGUCCCAACCCAGUCCUUGUCCACGGCACGAUAGAGACUUACGGCUUUGAUCUGAAGAACUGCAUCUUCACUCUUUCCCUCACUGCAUCGUCAUCAACGCCACCGGAUUAUCCAACCGAGGUCUUCCUCCCAGAUUACCAUUUCCCUCAGAUCAACAAUGCGACGCAUGUGGAAGUAAGCGGCGGGAAGUGGGAAAUUCGCGUCGUCGAGGAAGUCGAAGGCGCGACGCAACAGGUACUCAGGUGGUGGCACGGUGAGGGAGAGCAGAAACUCAAAGUCACUGGCGUCAAGAGGAAGAGAGGGCAGGUCGGUUCUGAGAAUGAUGAAGGCAGGGAAGACAGCUACCUGCAACAAUACCUUGAUCAGGGAAAGAAUUGCAUGGUUAUGUGA